AUGGCUGGUAUCGCUUAUUACACCAUUGCUGGCAAGCAGGUCGCCGGUCACCACCUCGCCAUCGCCUGGUUGGGAACUCUCGUCGUCGGUACCAAGCUGGCCCUCUCUGGCGGCUCUUCCAAGCCCACUGCUACCGCUACUCCUCCCAUCAACGCCUCCAGCUCCGACGAGGCCGACUUCAUCAAGAACUUCCUUGAUCAGCAGGACAAGAAGAACUAG